AUGAAAAUCACUGUUAAUGUUAUAAUGCCACCAAAACAAAUAAAGAAGACUCUAUGGGUCGAAUGUGAACGGUGCCAUUGCAGCGUUCUCUCUAAUGAUAAGAAAGUUCAUAUUGAUUUAAAUUGUGGAAAAGAUCAGGUUAAAUGUCCAUAUAUUGAAGAUGAUACGCUAUAUACGUGGUUAGAGAGAUCUAGUGCUCCUCCAGACAAUGUGCCCAAAGAUGCUGUGCUAGUACAUCCUUCUGCAGGAUCACUAAUUAGGGCUGUAAUUGGUAGACCUUUAGAGUUGAAAAGAGAAGGAGCUCCGACAAUAGUAAAGCGUAUGUGGCCAUCUAAAGCAUCUGCUCCGGCUGCUGUGAUUUUACCUGCAGCAGAUCUUACUGGAGCUUGGUGCAGUGACAAUAAAAAGGUUACAGUAUCAAUUUUACAACAAACAGUACCACAGGCUUUGUGUGUUACAGUUAAAAUUAAAAAUUAUAAAAUAGAUUCAGAUAUAAGUGAUAUUUUGAAAGAAAGAUUCAACAAUCAUUAUAUCUCUGUUGGCAGUGUUUUUGUGUACUACUAUUUUGGAAGAAAACUACAAUUAGAAUUUUUAAACAUUAAAAGUGAAGUAGAAAAUGUGAAAUGGUAUCUUUUAUGUGAUAGUACUGUGUGGAAUUUGGAGCAAAAUACCAUUCAGAAGGUUAAGAGAAAAUCCCCAAAUUUGGGUGGCGUCGAUGACAUAAUUGAUGAAAUUAAAAGUUUAAUAAAUAUUUCUUUUGACACUACUGGUUUUGCUGCUAGUUUUCAACCGACAAGAGGCUUACUUCUCUACGGUCAUUCUGGCAUCGGUAAAACUGCAAUAUGUAAAUAUCUUAUAGAUAAUCUCAAUUGCUCCCACAUUGAAAUAAAUGGGCCAACAAUAUUUAGUAAAUAUUUUGGUGAAACGGAGGCUACUAUGAAAACUUUGUUUGCAAAAGCUGUUACAAGUGAGCCAAGCAUAAUUUUAGUGGAUGAAAUAGAAACUAUUUGUCCACGUCGUUCCUCUGGUAGUACUGAACAAGAAAGACGAGUUACUUCAGCAUUUGUCUCAUUACUUGACAAUUUACAUCAAGAAUCCAGUAAAGUAUUUAUAUUGGCUACUACACGGAAACCAGAUGCAAUAGAUCCUAUGCUCAGAAGAUUUGGGCGUUUAGACAAAGAAAUUGAGGUUCCUGUACCUGAUAGAUCACGACGAAAAGAGAUUCUGUAUGCACUGCUUAAAAAUCUUCCAAAUAAAGUAAAUUUACAGGAUAUAGAUUCGAUUUCCGAUUUGGCUCAUGGAUAUGUUGCCGCUGAUUUAGUUAAUUUGUGUACGCAGGCAUCAAUGAGGUGUUUGAAACGAGCUAGUGACGUUUUGGAGAAAGAGGACUUAAUAAGUGCAUUAACUGUAGUCAGGCCGAGUGCCAUGAGAGAGUUGUUGAUUGAAGUCCCAAAUGUUAGAUGGUCGGAUAUAGGCGGACAAGAUGAUUUAAAGUUAAAAUUACGUCAAGCUGUAGAGUGGCCAUUGAAGCAUUCGGAAAGUUUCCGUCGCCUAGGAAUCUGCCCACCAGCAGGCGUUUUACUGUAUGGACCACCAGGAUGUUCCAAAACUAUGAUAGCGAAGGCCCUCGCAACUGAAAGUGGGCUAAAUUUUAUCUCAAUUAAAGGCCCAGAGUUGUUUUCUAAGUGGGUUGGAGAAUCAGAGCGUGCAGUCCGAGACUUAUUUACGAAAGCACGCCAAGUGGCACCGUCCAUCAUAUUCUUUGAUGAAAUGGAUGCUAUUGGAGGAGAGAGGGGUGCAGGGGAAGCGGGUGUUCACGAAAGGGUAUUAGCCCAACUUUUAACGGAACUAGAUGGGGUAGUGCCUUUGAAUUCAGUAACAAUUUUAGCAGCGACUAAUCGCCCUGAUAGAAUGGACCGUGCGCUACUUAGGCCAGGACGACUUGACCGACUGAUAUACGUACCGUUACCAGAUUUCGAAACGAGAUUGCAAAUAAUAGAAUUGAAGUUAUCUAAAAUGAGUACCAGUGACGAUGUGAAUUCGCAUAAUUUGGCAACAAGGACAGAAGGUUUUUCUGGGGCAGAAUUAACAGCGUUAUGCCACGAAGCGGCGUUACGUGCUUUGGAAAAGGAUCUCGAUUGUCCAGAAGUUACUAUGGAGCAUUUUGAGCAUGUGUUGAAAGAUUUUAAACCGAGGACUCCGAAAUCUUUAUUGAAUGUUUAUGAUGAAUUUGUAUUGGGGCAACACUCUGGA